AACGUGGCGAUACCAACUGGGAGAAAGGGAGACCGGAUACCGUUGUGGCGUUGUGCGCAGCGCAUGCUCUGCAUCGGCGCUCGCUGGCCGUCCCCACCGCGAAGCCCGCGACCGCAGAUUGCUCCCUCCUCCGCCUUCCCCACCCCUAUUUCUUGCCUCUCUUCCUCCUCGUCGCUGCUCUCCCAUUCACUCCUCUCCUGCCCUCUCCUCCUCUCUCCCGCCCCUCGGCGCCUCCGCUUUAUCCCCCCCUCUUUUCGUCGCUUUGCAGUGAUGGAUGACAAUGAUAAGGGUGAUCAUGGAAAGAUGCUUUACACACGGUUGAGGUUAUGGCAAUUCACCGACAAGUAUAUCCUUGAGCCAAUUGAUGUCUCUUCUGAUUCUUAUUUGUCGAUCAGUCGCACUGAUGGAUCAAGCAGCUUAAUAGCUCAACUUCCAAAGUGCACAACACAGUCUCCAAGUGUUCGCCCUGUUUUUGGCGUGAUUGGAAUGCUUAAGCUUUUAGUAGGAUCAUAUUUGUUGGUUGUAACAGAGCGUGAAUGUGUUGGAUCUUACCUAGGGCAUCCAAUUUACAAGGUCUCAGGCAUGCAGAUUCUUCCAUGCAAUAAUUCUCUGAAAAAUUCUUCGUCUGAGCAGAAAAAGAUGGAAUCUGAGUUUUCCGUUCUUCUAGAGGCUGCACAAAGUACGCCAGGCCUGUACUUCUCCUACGACGUCAAUCUAACUCUAUGCUUGCAGAAGUUACAUGAGUUGGGAAAUGACUCGAAGAUGGUACCUCUUUGGAGACAGGCAGAACCUAGAUUUCUUUGGAAUAGCUAUAUGUUGGAAGCACUUAUUGAUAACAAAUUGGAUUCGUAUAUGCUACCAAUCAUCCAAGGAAGCUUCCAAAGUUUUCAAGCAGCCAUUGGUUCACAAAUCAUUGAUGUUACCUUAAUUGCACGUCGAUGCACAAGGAGAGCAGGUACUCGGAUGUGGAGAAGAGGAGCUGACUCAGAAGGCUAUGUUGCAAAUUUUGUUGAAUCAGAACAGAUUUUGCAAACUAAUGGAUUUACAGCAUCCUUUGUCCAAAUUCGUGGAUCAAUGCCAUUUCUAUGGGAGCAAAUUGUUGACCUGACAUAUAAACCUAAAUUUGAUAUUGUUAGGCCUGAUGAGGCGUCUCGUGUGGCUGAAAGGCACUUCUUAGAUUUAAAUAAAAAGUAUGGUUCAGUUGUAGCUGUUGACCUUGUCAAUCAGCAUGGAAGUGAGGGACGUCUAAACGGAACUCUCAAAAUGAUUUGCGAGCGACAUCGGCUGUUGGAGGCGGUCUACCAAAAGAGGGCGGGGUUGACCAGCUGCGAGCGGCGUCAGCCGCUGGAGGCAAUGUCGGUCGUCUGUGGGCGCGAGGAGGGAGAAGGCGUAUGGGCUGCCGGCGUGUGUGAGAGAGAGCAUGCUGGAAUGGGGGAGAACGGCGGGGUAGUUCUCGUCUACGAUAUGUGGAGGCAGAGGUAG